CUGUUAUGCCAACAUGGUAGUUAUGAAUUCAUAGCGAAUUCUUUAAGUCAAUUUUGUUGUCGUUAUUGUGGAAUGUGAUCAUUGUUGUUUUAGUUUUCAGUUCAAUCUGUUUUAUUCAGUUUCGUGACUUGAAGACAUUCUUCAGCUUAUUUAUUUUUGAUUUAAUUUUAGUUUUUAUUUGAUUAACUUGGGUCAUAAAAUGGAUACUGAAGAAUCUGUUCAAGAAUCUUCCCAGCCUUCAAAAGAAGAAGACCUUACUGCAGCAGAUGUUAUUAAGGAAGAGGUUAAUCAGUGUGAAAAUAGUGUUGAUCAGGUGGAAGUGACAGACAUUGAAGCUGUAGAACAUGAUAAUCCUAUUGAUUGCCCAUUACAAGAUUCUGAAGAGAAUGAGGCAUUGGUCAUAAAUCAUGAGACUACUGGUGAUCCUGAAGGGGAUGAUAGUGAUGUUGGAAGUGAAAGCAGUGUAGCUAGUCAAGAAGUACCUAUAGAGAGGGAAGAGGGAGAUGGUCAAGAAAGUGACAAAAAAGAUAAAAAGUUAGAUCGUGAUGAAGAUAAACGUGACCCUCAAUACAUCCCAAAAAAAGGAAACUUUUAUGAACAUGAUGAUAGAACAUCUGAAGGUGAAGAACCUUCAAAUGGUAAGAAGCAUCUAACACCCAAAGCAUUUGAGAGUAAGGAACGUUGGGGUCAUGACCUUUAUGAUGAUAGUUUACAGUCACCUAAAUCAAGAGAGGAGUUAAUAGAACAAUACGGGUAUGAUAUAAGGGUUGAGGAAGGGCCACCCAAGGCUAGGCGGAGGAGGAGAUAUGGGCGUGGCCCAAAUAAGUAUACAAGACGGUGGGAAGAAGAAGAAGCCUAUGCUAAGAGCAGGGGUUCUUGGAGAGGACGCGGACGUGGCCGUCCUUCCAGAAGUAGUGUUGAAGACUUCCCACCUCUACCUGAAAAAGAAGCUGUGGCGAAAGCAGGUAUUGAUGAAAAUAAAUCUGAUGGUAAGCAAGAUCCAGUUAAGAAAGAACCAAUUAGAAUGUUAGAUAGUAAAGUUGAGAAAAAAGAUGCGCAGUCUGUUACUCAAUCAGUGAGAAGAGUGAAAAUUGAUGAAACAUCUGUUCAUACCCCUACCCGAGGCCGAGGUUCUUCUCGGGGAAGAGGUAAAGUUUCUCAGCCUUUUAAAUCCGGAUGCUUCCAACGACAGAGUUCAACUGCUGAAGAGGAUAUCGCUACUUUAUCGAAACACUUUGCAGAGGCAGUUAUAAAUGUUGACAACAAAUCUAUACCGUCAAAACGAGCCAGCUCAGUUCCUCCGACAAAUUCUAGUGAGUCAAAUGGUGUGAAAAACCAACAGUCGUCAGAGGAUACCAUUGUUGAUAAAUCUGGGGCAGAAUCGAAAAGCAAACGAUAUUCCAUGCAGAGGCAAAGAUCCCUUCCACAAGCUACUACCAAUGGUGUGGGAAUAGUCCAGCAAGUACCACAGCCUCCCCCUCCUCCACCCCAGCACUAUAUUCAGCCAGACCAGCAGCAAUAUUUCCAUCAAGUAAGUCUGGACGCAACACCUGCUGCUCCUGCCACUCAAUAUACCAAUCAGCCUCCUGCCAAUUAUAGACCAGAAGUACCUCCUAUGGUUGCUUUUGUUUCACCAGCAGCUCAUCAGUUUCAUCAACCUUUACCGACCUAUUUGCCUCCAACCUUUUUAACCCCUCCACCUUUAGCAACUCCUCCAAGAGGUCCUGAAGUGUACCAAGGACCUACUGGAAUUACUUACUAUAACACUCAGUCCCAAGUGAGCAGACCAGUGUCAACUUCUCGAAGAGUGCGUCUCGCAAUACCCAUAGUUGCUCCUCCACCUGAAUCAAGCUGAUUGUCUUCUAGAACUCAGGAUAUACUGUUCUGUUGCUCAAAGGAUAAGGUAAUCGGAGGCACAUGCAUAAGAUUAUCCAAGUGACCUAUUCUUUUUAGCAAGAAAACAAGAUAUUCUAGAAAAUUUUUUUUUUAUAUGUUCAGUCUAAAUUAUUUCAUAGUUUUAUUUUAUACUAUUAAGGUAAUCCUUAAGCAAUAAAUAUAUGUUUGAAAUACCUCAGUUCCACUUACCUCCUUGUUUCUUCUUAUUAUCUCAUUUAUUUUUUAAUGAAUUUAAACUAUAGUAGGUUACAUUCCUUAUUUUUUUCAUGUAGAUUUGUUGGACUUGAUUAUGGUAAACUUGUUUGUAUUUAAUAGAGAUCCUUAUGUUUACUUUCAUACUCGCAUUAUAGUAAAGUUAAAUUUUGUUAGUUAUUGGUAUUAAAAAUUACAAGGAGUAACUCAAGUUUUUCAGAAUGAUCAAGGACUUCAUUUAGCUCAUUGUUUCAUUCUUUACUACACACAGCUAACUUGACUUGAAUUAGAGCCAUAGGUUUUCAAUAAAAAAUUUAACUUAUUUGAAAUAGGAUAGUCUAAAUUAUCUUUUAACCCUUUGACUGCAGGAGCUCAUGCGAGUGUUUCUACCAAUUGGACAUAUGUGUUCUAAUAUAACCCUUUUUACAUUAACAGUCACUUUAAGUUAUUUGUCAACAACUGCUUCAUGUUAAAUAUAGAAUGUUUUGAUAGAAAAAUCCAGAACAACCGCUCUGAGUCAGCUAAAGAGGACUAACGAAUGCACCGACCAAGCCACAAGUCAAAUGGUGGAGGCUGGACUUGCCCCUUCCUGUUUAAGUAGCUACAGCCAAGGAUGGAAGGCAUAUAUCCCAGCCAUACCAGCCAGACCCAACUCACCGCUGGGAAAAAAUAUAUCCUGUCCCCACUAGUGACCCAACUCGUAAUGGAAAAGCAUGUAUUCCGUCUGCAGUCAAAGGAUUAAUUUACGCUUCUUUGCUAUUUAAUAUUUAUACCCCUUUCUGGUCUAUCAUAAAUGUGUACUGUAAUUCUUGAGGUGUAAUUUGUGUUGUCCAGUUGUCACUUUUAUCUUAUAAUGAUACUAUGAUAUGCUUACAAAGCUUUUAUAACUACAAAAAUUAUAAUUAUAAUAUAUAAUUUUGUGUAUCAAAAAUUGAAGUCCCACUUAAUGCAAUUCAACAUUGAAAGUUUAAAAAACAAAGCUGAUAAUUGUUGCCCACAGUACUCACUGACCAAAUUUGAAAUUUGUGGGAAAUAUAGUGUAGUUACCUUUAAGUCAGCUCCACCUCUAAAAUAAGUUGAAUGACAGGGUGAAUAGUAACUGAAUCUGAAUACCUAUUCUUUAAAUAAAUAAAUACAAAUAUUUUUUAUAUUUUAUUUUUUUUAUCACAAUCUAUGAUAUUUAGAAUACAAUGAGUUUGUAUAUUUUUUGUUGUUAUGUUUUG